AUGGCCCAACUCCUCGCCAUAUCUAAUGGCCACAUGAUCAUGCAGACCCCGAAACCCUUCGGAGGUCCGGACCUUGACAACUCUCCUUUAACUGCAGGCAACUUCCCCUGUAAAUUAAAGGGCGAUCCAGCUACAUUUUAUUCGACGUCUGGCCUCGACAAUACAAUGGCGGUAGGGGAGAGUCAAUCCCUAUCGUUCAAGGGCUCGGCGGUUCAUGGAGGUGGAAGUUGUCAGUUGGCAAUCACCAAAGACCUUCAGCCUAGCGUAUCUACAUCUUGGCAAGUUAUCCUUUCCAUCGAAGGCGGUUGCCCAAGCAAGUCCGGCCAAGGUCCUGACACAUAUGACUUCAAGAUUCCAGACGGAGUAGCACCUGGCAAAUACGUCUUCGCCUGGACUUGGAUCAGUAAACUCGCGGGUCAGCCGGAGUAUUACAUGAACUGUGCGCCUAUCACAGUGACAGGAGGAAAGUCCAAGCGGUCGAAUAACGAGACUAUGGAACUCUUCACUCGCGAUGGUCAGUUCCCCGAGCUCUUCGUAGGUAAUCUUGCCGAUAUCAACUCGUGCAAGACGGAACCCAGCACCGACCCCCAGUACCCCGACCCCGGCCCUAACGUCAUCCGCCCGGGUUCAAACAACAAUUUUGCCAAGAUCCAAGGCGACAAUUGUGUUCCCAAGGGUGCCAAGUCUGGCGGAUCAAGCGGAAGUGCCGAUCCUGCUGGCCAGAAUACCCCCAAUAGUGGUGUGAACGGCGGAGGUAACGAUAGUGGCAACGGGAACGUUGGCUCCAGCGCUGCCGGCCCAAGUAGCAGCGCCGCUCCAGCUACUAGCGCAGCUCCCAGCAACUCUUUCGUAACAGUUGUUCCCGUUGGCAGCGGCGGCAGCAGCAGUGCUGCUGCCACUCAGAGCUCCUCGGCCGCGCCUGUAGUUAGUUCUCCAGUCAGCUCCGCAGCCACUUCUGUAGCCACCCCCGUAGUCAGUUCCGCAGUUAGUUCUGCAGUCCCUGCUCCAGUUAGCUCCGCGAGUCCCGCAGGUAGCGCCCCUCCCAGCACUGGUUCCCCUUCCGGAGGACUUACAGGACCGUGUACUUCGGAAGGAAUGUUCAACUGUAUUGGCGGAACCGCCUACCAGCAAUGCGCUUCUGGUUCGUGGUCUACAGUUAUGCAAAUGGCCCCUGGUGUUAAGUGUGCUGAAGGGCAAACAAUGACUUUGUGGGGGCGUGACGAAACCCCUCGCAAAGUUGCCCGUAGAGUCAACUGGUAA